CGUGGGCAACUGUAAAUCAAAUUAAAGUCUUUGAUAGGAUAACGUGCGAAGUAACGUUAAGGUUAGAAUUAACUGAAGCAAGAGCCUGAAACAUCACCGGAAAUUUCAGGCUUAAAACAAGAACGCAUCUGAAAGACACACAGCUAGCGAAGACACAGUGAAGGUACCAUUUGGGACAAAAUGUCUGGAUGCUGUCUUGUGUUUCCCUGCCUCAGCAAAACGCGUCCACACAGCCGUUAUUCUCACACAUGGGGCCGGAGGAGACAUGAACUUCAGACAUCUGGUUUCUCUGGCACAGGCCUUGGCUUCACAUGGCUUCCUCUGUCUGCGUUUCACAUGCAAAGGUUUGAACUUGGGUUACAGAGUGAAGGCGUACCGUGCAGUGUGGGACUACUUGAAAUCACUACAGAGGUUUACCAUAAAGCAUAUAUUUGUUGGAGGCAGGUCAAUGGGAUGUCGUGCUGCUGCAGCUUUAGCCAGACAGCUGAGCGAUGAAUCAGAGGAUGCAAUGCGAGGAGUCAUCUGCCUGUCUUUCCCCCUGCACCCCCCAGCACAGACACACACCCAUCGGCAACGCAGCGAACAUCUCAGGGAGCUACCUGAACACAUGCCUGUCCUGUUUGUGUCAGGUACUGAGGACAACAUGUGUGACAGGGUUCUUUUGGACGGGGUAGUAAAAGAAAUGAAAGCCCAAGUUGAUGUUUUCUGGCUAAAAGGAGGCAGCCAUGGCCUGACAGUGAAGGGAAGGUCAGAGGAUUCUGUGCUGGAGGAAGUGAAUUUACAAGUGAUCACCUGGUUGAGGUCGCGGGGGAGCUGGAGCCCAGCUGACUAUGGGCGAGAGGCGGGGUUCACCCUGGACUGGUCGCCAGUCUGUCGCAGGGCAGAAACUAUCCAUUGCUACCACAAACACAUUAAUGUCUAAGAAAAUAACUCUUAACCACCUUUAACAUUAGGCCUGUUUUGCUGGUCACCUCAGCCAGAAACUCUUCACCUGUGCACAAAAUCUGAUAUAAAUA